GAUAAUACGAAAGCUUACAUCUAAAGUUGUAAUUUUAUCAGGCUUGCACCAAGCGUAGGCUAAGCACCCUUGCUUGCAGUGCACCUAUCGUAGACCACCGCGCGUUGUUCAUACUUCUUCGAGUAUGGCGCCAUUGCGGCGACUUGGAGGCUUGGCGCAGCUGGCCCGCUGCCCCCUCGCGACGUCGACACCAUCCCUAUCCCACAUCGCAGCCGGUACUUCUAGCGACUCCUAUGGCGCAUGGCCUCGUAACAACCUGAACAGCCACCACGGCGUCCGCCACAGCAGCACCUCCACCUCCUCCAGCCUCUCCGACCUGCCCCCACUCGCCGCCUCCUCUGCCCUAGAGGACUCAGCCGUGGCCGCCCUCUUCAACCCAGCGCAGCUAGGCACGCAGGUUUGGGAGGGCGCCCACGCCGCCUGGGGCCUCCCCUGGUGGGCCACCAUCCCCGCCGCCACGCUGGGCCUGCGGGCCGCGCUGCUGCCGCUCAGCCUGCGCGCCUACGCCGCCUCAGCCAACGUGGCGCUGCUGCACCGGGCAGUGGGGCUGGCGGGGGAGGUAGGCCGCGCGGUGGCGGAGGCGCAGGCGGCGGGGCGGCGGACACAACAGCAGGAGGAAGAGGACGAGGGGAAGCAGCAGCAGCAGCCUAGCAGUAGCAGCAGCACCGGCAGCGUUGAACUGGGUCGGGUGGAUUUGGUUCGGCGCGUGCUUGCGCACCUGCGGCAAGUGCACGGCGCACCGUCGUUCGGCUGGUACCUGGGCAAUGCGGCCGUGCAGGCGCCGCUGCUGCUGAGCCUCACGUCGGCGCUACAGCGCAUGUCGGACACCAUGUGGCCGGGCCUGAACACGGAGGGGACGCUGUACUUUGGCGACCUCACCUCGCCGCCGGUGUUCCUGCAGACCAUGUCGACUCCGUACGGUACGGCAGGUGCCAUGAUACCGCUGGCUCUGGUGCUGCUGUACGUCAGUGCGGUGGAUAAGUCGGCGGGAGCCGGCAGUCCCGGCAUCAACGCCGCCCUCAAGCUGCUGGCGGUGCCCCUCUACUGCGCCUCCCUGCUGCAGCCGCACGCGGUGCUGCUCUACUGGCUGACCCACGCGGCCAGCCAGCUGGGGCUGUACGGCGCGCUGGAGCGGCUGCCGGGGCUGCGGCGGGCGGUGGGGGCGCCGGAGCUGCUGGUGGAGGCGGAGCGGGAGGAGCAGGGCGGCGGAGGAGCUGGGGCGGGGCAGCACCAGCAGCAGGGGGCAGAGGAGGCCUCCUCCCCCGCAGGCCCCGCGGUGGCCUCCCCCUCCCUGGACGACCUGCUGCUGGCGCUGUCCGAGUCCUACCAGCGGGCGGGUCGGCGGGAGGCGGCGCGGGGCUGCCUGCAUGCGCUGCUGGCGCGGCAGCCGCACCACCCGCAGGCGGCGGAGCGGCUCAGGCAGCUAGAGGCGUGAGAGGGGGAGGGGGGCUGAGCACUGCUGGCGCGGCAUCUGAGCUGAGCUGGAGGGAGCAGAAGCAGCAGCAGCGGGAGGAGCGCUGCAGCAGCUGGAGCCGACAGGAGCUGAUCGGGGCCUGCAGCCACGGCAGACGGUAGUAGAAGCAGUAGAAAACGGCAGUUGGCAGGAGUGUUAGGGAGUAAAGAGGAGAGUGAUGACAGCUUUUGGAGAGCGUGCGUGAUACGCGUACUAAGCUAUGAGCAAAACGGACCGAAACACGUUUAUGUGUGCGUUUUGGUUCCACAGAUGCUGCAUGCGGUCGCAGGCGGUGGGGUUCGGGAGGCGGGUUUGGCGCCCCCCUGGACCUGCUUGCUGGUGCCGGUGUCGGUGCGGGUGGGCCUGACGUGGCCCAUGUAGCGGGGGUGGCGGGUGCGGGGAAAGCACAUGGGGCUUUGGUGUGGUGUUUGUGGAGGUGUGCCGUACAGGUCGUGCUAGACAGCUGCGCGCUAUCCGGAGUCCGGUGGGUAGGGCAGAACAGGACGCUGCAUGUGGAGGCGGGGUAUUGGGGGAGGCCACGCACGAGGACAAAGGGGUUUAGCUUUCUCAAAGCUGGAAAGGGCGGAGCCCCUCCUUCUGCUCAGUACCGGGACGUGUUACGAUCGAUUACUGGGUUGUCACCGCAUGCGCUCCUGUCAGGGCAGCGGCCACCCCUUGUCCAACACUCCACGUCACCCUAAAUGGCGCUCCUGAACACCGCCUUCUCGGCAGCGCUACCUCCGCUCAAAAACACUUGCGGGCGGCUCGGCAGCGCCCCAUCACACCCGAGCACAAUCACCGCUGACUGCCGCCACCGCCGCAUGUCACCGCGAGAACAAAGCCGGUCACACCGGUCAGAAGCUGCCAUGUGCGGCAGUCGACGCACCAAACGGCACAAGGUGUCCGCGCGCAAACGCAGCCCCGGUCAACAAGCCAAGCUCCAGCUCCAAAUUCGAGGAGUGAGAAUCCCAGUCGCAAGAACUCCUGCGUAACCUUUCGCCGCAUAAUCAUGGUGGCCUCAUCACCUACAUCCUUAGGAUAGCCCCCGCUUCCCCCAAGACCAGUCGACGAUACAUGGAGCACCGAACAUACACGUGCCGUGCCGGUCACACCGUUAGCUGGGGGUCAUCUUCCACUUCUCUUCACUGCCGCCUCUGGAAACAACAAC